GGGCCGGGCGUGGGGACACGCCGUUCCUCCGGGUUCCGAACGGGGUGGGGGGUGAGCUCCGGCUCCUCACUCGGCCCUGCACCUACUGGGCCCGGCACCGCUCACACCCCGUUCCCGCCCCUGCGCGAGGCCGCAGAAAGAGCCUGGCCAGGGCCUCUCUCUACUCCAUUUUGCCAGUUGUCUGAGAAGCCAAAAAAAGUUUCUAGAACUGCCAGCCCUUAAAAAAAAUGAAAAGGAAGAGAAGAAAUGGGAGCAGGCAGCCCUCGUCAGCAGACUGGGAGCCGCGUGGGCCCGGAGCUAUUUGCAUUCCGGUCUGCGGGGGCUCGGGGAUGCUGGUGACAGGCCUGGUUCCUGGUGGCUCGCCCCCACCUGUGGGCGUCGGGAAGGAUCCCUUCCAUCUCUCAGCGGCAGAGGAGGCCCUGGCAUCGUCCUGGCUGCAGCCGGGCAAUCCCAAGGAGUCCUGGUCACCGUCACCCCGCCGGGAGGGGCCACAAGGACCUGGGCCUCUGCCACCAAGCUUUGUCCCCUCUUGCUGUAGGGAGCCAGUGAUUCUCCUCCGACCUGAUGAUUGCUUGGUUUUUUUAAAGGGAGAUUUGAGGGGUGAGAAGUGCGUUUCUGUGUGGCUACUCCGGUCUGGUGUGCUGUGGGUCAUUGAAGGUGUGGCCUGCGUGGGUGCAGUGACGUUGGAUUGUCAGGUGGCAGUAGGGGAGCCCUGCUAUGUCAGUGCUAAUGAAAGAUGUUGGUUUGUUUCUGAAAUAAAGCUAAACAAGCCUGCACAUGCAGAGGCUUGGACCCUGGUAGAAACUUCCCUCUGCCGAUUUGUUUUGUUUUGUCAGGGGCUCAAAGGCCUACCUGCUCCACCCAAAAUGGCAGGUUCCAUUCUCCAAGAGCCAGUCAGGGACCACUCUCAUCCUCUAGUCAGUGAGGCCCCCAACGCCCUUCUUCCACCUGGACUGGUUCUCUGGCCCUUGCAGGGCCUCGCUGUCCUGCCCCAUUCCAGCUGCCUCCACCCCAUUCCAGCUGCCUCCACCCCAUCAGUCUCUGGGGUGUCUGCCCUUCUGGGGGUGGGUGCAGAUGAAGGUGCAAACUUCUCUGCUGCCCCCUGCCCCACACCUCCAAAAUAA